GUGAAGUUUUGUUUCUCCAAUGGAAACUAGUGUUUUUAUUUUACUAUACGUGAUUCUGUUUCUCUCUACUCUUCUUUCAUACCCAUUUCUAAGGAAGAAAAAGAGAGGGUUUCGUGUGGGAAGAUCUAAGCUUCCAGCAGGUUCAAUGGGUUGGCCAUAUAUUGGAGAAACUCUUCAACUUUACUCUCAAGACCCAAAUAUAUUCUUUCUUACAAAACAAAGAAGAUAUGGAGAAAUAUUCAAAACCCAUAUACUUGGAUGUCCUUGUGUCAUGCUGACUAGCCCUGAAGCUGCAAGGUUCGUGCUGGUGACUCAUUCUCAUUUGUUCAAACCGACUUACCCCAAAAGCAAAGAGAAGAUGAUCGGCCCUUGUGCGCUCUUCUUUCACCAAGGCCAAUACCACACUCGGCUAAGGAAGUUGGUUCAAAGCUCGAUGUCCCCUGAUGCCAUCCGGAAGCUUAUCCCUGAUAUCGAAUCCAUAGCCCUCUCUGCCUUGGACUCAUGGGCUGCCUCUGCACAAGUUAUUGACACCUUUAACGAGAUGAAGAAGUUCUCUUUCGAUGUCGGCAUCCUUUCCAUUUUUGGUCACUUAGAAGAAGGCUACAAACAGAAGUUAGAGCAGAACUACAGGAUAGUGGAUAAAGGUUACAACUCUUUUCCUACCAAAAUUCCUGGGAGUGCAUAUCACAAAGCACUCCAGGCGAGGGAAAGGCUGAAUCAGAUUCUAGGUGAAAUAAUUUGUGAGAGAAAGGAGAAAAGGUUGGCGGAGAAGGAUCUUUUGGGACAUUUGUUGAACUUCAAGGAUGAGAAGGGGCAAACUUUGACUGAAGAUCAAAUUAACGAUAACAUCAUUGGAGUACUUUUUGCUGCACAAGACACCACAGCCAGUGUUAUAACAUGGAUCCUCAAAUUCCUCCAUGAUGACCCCAAGCUUCUAGAAGCUGUUAAGGCAGAGCAAAAGGCUAUAUACCAGUCAAACAGUGGAGGAAAGGGGCAUCUAACAUGGGCACAAACAAGGAACAUGACUCUUGCACAUAGGGUUUUAAUAGAGAGCUUGAGGAUGGCAAGCAUCAUAUCUUUCACAUUCAGGGAAGCAGUAGUUGACGUGGAGUACAAGGGAUACCUAAUACCCAAGGGUUGGAAAGUGAUGCCAUUGUUCAGGAAUAUUCAUCAUAAUCCAGAAUACUUUUCUGAUCCUCAGCACUUUGAUCCAUCUAGAUUUGAGCGGGCAGCUCCAAAACCCAAUACCUUCAUGCCAUUUGGCAAGGGUGUCCAUGCCUGUCCAGGCAACGAACUAGCCAAGCUGGAGGCCCUUAUUUUCAUCCAUCAUCUAGUAACAAAGUUCAGGUGGGAGGUGGUGGGCUCUAAAAGUGGGAUCCAAUAUGGUCCAUUCCCAGUACCUCAAGGAGGACUACCAGCCAGAUUUUGGAAAGAAUCCAGUUGUCCUUCCCAAAAUAUGUGCCCUUAAGUUACAAGCUUGGGAAAAAACCCAUCUAGCAGAGCAGCACCCAGAAAUUCUCUGCCCCUAACCAAAACCCUGUUAUUUUUCAUCACGGGGUUUCUAGAUUCAUAUAAGAUUUCACCUUCAUUUACUAUAAUUAUUAACUUCUUGUAAUUUUUGCAGUUAGUAACUUCUUUUCUU